GGGAAAAGAAAGAGCUCGAGUGAGAAAAACAAAGAGCAAAUGUGGGCCGAGGUGACUUCAUGCCUCACCAAUGUCCCGCCCACGCUGCUCAGAGCUGUGACUGAUGCUGCCGCCAGGGCUGUCGCCGCUCCUGCGGGCAGCAAUAACAGCUAGGCGCUCCGGUAGCGUGGGGAGGUUUCCUAGCAACUCUCCGCCCUAAGUGCUCCCUGCUACCGGCAGGUGUGGAGUCUCCCACCCCUGGGGGCAGAGCAGGACCACCCCUCUCCCGUCCCUCGCCAGCCUCUCUCGCAUCCUAGCAGUGUGCACCUCCGAGCGCACCAGCAACCUGGGCUCUGGACUGUGGGACGCCCGAGCCGCGCACUGAGGCAAAAACGACCAGGGCACGCAGCCCCCGCUCCGCAAAGCCGGGUUCCCGUACCCCGUGGGAACCUCCCCUUCUGCGCUCUUGGCCACCAGCCUCACUCCCGGCCAGGCAGGGAGAGGCGAUGUCUCGCUCUGUGCCUGCCGAUGUCAGCGGGUGCUUCUAGGGCGCUCCCACAGCCGCCUCCCCCUGUUGCUGGCAUCCCGAGCUUCCUCCCUCGUCAGCCGGGACGCUGCCGACUUGUUGCCCGCUGCUCCGCAGACGAGGCUGCAAGCUGCCACUAGUGGAGGUGGCCUGCCUGCCCACCUGUGGAAGAAACCGCCCAGAUUGAUGCGCCAUCGACUUUUUCCCCUCGACCUCACCAGCGUCCCCUCCCACAGAUUCAGCAUCACCCAGUGAAUGUACAUUAGGGUGGUUCCCCCCUCACCACCAGCUUCGGGCUUUGUUUGGGUUUGAUUGUGUUUGGCUCUUCGCUAAGCCGAUUUAUGCAGCAGAAGUCCCACCGGCUAGAGAGAAACAAAAGCUCUUUUCUUUGUCCCAGAGCAGGCUGCGGAGCCCUUGAGGAGACUUCUCUCCAGUAGCCGCCGGGGCCCUUGGCAGUCGAAGGAGGUGCUUCUCGCGGAGACCCUGGGACCCGCUGUACCAUGGCAGGAGGGCCGCGAGGGCCCUGAGAUGACGAGGAGUGCCCGGGUCCGCUCACCUGCUUCGCUUGCUCCGAGCCGCGGGGUCCGCCUGCUGGGCCUGCGGGAAACGUCCUAGAGACACUCGGCCCCCGAGGUGCGCUCGUGAGGCGCGAGCACGAGACCGGAAAGCAGCCAGGCGGCGGGCGCGAGGCGGGCUGUUUUGCAUUAUGUGCGGCUCGGCCCUGGCUUUUUUUACUGCUGUUCCUGCCUGCCUGCAAAAGGACCGGCGAGGUCCCGCCUCGUUCUUCUGGGCAGCCUGGGUGUUUUCACUUGUUCUUGGACUGGGCCAAGGUGACAAUAGAUGUGCAUCUUCCAAUGCAGCAUCCUGUGCCAGGUGCCUUGCACUGGGUCCAGAAUGUGGAUGGUGUGUUCAAGAGGAUUUCAUUUCAGAUGGAUCAAGAAGUGAACGUUGUGAUAUUGUUUCCAAUUUAAUAAGCAAAGGCUGCUCAGUUGAUUCAAUAGAAUACCCAUCUGUGCAUGUAACGAUACCUACUGAAAAUGAAGUUAAUACCCAGGUGACACCAGGAGAAGUGUCUAUCCAGCUGCGUCCAGGAGCUGAAGCUAAUUUUAUGCUGAGAAUUCAUCCUCUGAAGAAAUAUCCUGUGGAUCUUUAUUAUCUGGUUGAUGUCUCGGCAUCAAUGCACAAUAAUAUAGAAAAAUUAAAUUUUAUUGGAAAUGAUUUAUCUAGAAAAAUGCAAUUUUUCACCACUGACUUUCGUCUUGGAUUUGGCUCGUACGUUGAUAAAACAGUUUCACCAUACAUUAGCAUCCAUCCUGAAAGGAUUCAUAAUCAAUGCAGUGACUACAAUUUAGACUGUAUACCUCCACAUGGGUACAUUCACGUGCUGUCUUUGACAGAGAACAUCACUGACUUUGAGAAAGUAGUUCACAGUCAGAAGAUCUCUGGAAACAUAGAUACACCAGAAGGAAGUUUUGAUGCCAUGCUUCAGGCAGCUGUCUGUGAAAGUCAUAUUGGAUGGCGAAAAGAAGCUAAAAGAUUGCUACUGGUGAUGACAGAUCAGACAUCUCAUCUUGCUCUUGAUAGCAAAUUGGCAGGCAUAGUGGUGCCCAAUGACGGAAACUGCCAUCUGAAAAACAACGUCUACGUCAAAUCGACAACCAUGGAACAUCCCUCACUAGGCCAACUUUCAGAAAAAUUAAUAGACAACAACAUUAAUGUUAUUUUUGCAGUUCAAGGACAACAAUUUUAUUGGUAUAAGGAUCUUCUACCCCUCUUGCCGGGCACCGUUGCUGGUGAAAUAAAAGCAAAGUCUGCAAACCUCAAUAAUUUGGUAGUGGAAGCCUAUAAGAAACUCAUUUCAGAAGUGAAAGUUCAGGUGGAAAACCAGGUACAAGGCAUCUAUUUUAACAUUACCGCCAUCUGUCCAGAUGGGUCCAGAAAGCCAGGCAUGGAUGGAUGCAGAAACGUGACAAGCAAUGAUGAAGUUCUUUUCAAUGUAACAGUUACAAUGAAAAAAUGUGAUGUCACAGGAGGAAAAAGCUAUGCAAUAAUCAAACCUAUUGGUUUUAAUGAAACCACUAAAAUUCAUAUACACAGAAACUGCAGUUGUCAGUGUGAGGACAACAGAGAACCUAAAGGAAAGUGUGUAGAUGAAACUCUUCUGGAUUCCAAGUGUUUCCAGUGUGAAGAGAAUAAAUGCCAUUUUGAUGAAGAUCAGUUUUCUUCUGAGAGUUGCAAGUCACACGAGGACCAACCUGUUUGCAGUGGUCGAGGAGUUUGUGUUUGUGGGAAAUGUUUAUGUGACAAAAUUAAGCUUGGAAAAGUGUAUGGAAAAUACUGUGAAAUGGAUGACUUUUCUUGCCCAUAUCAUCAUGGAAAUCUGUGUGCUGGGCAUGGAGAGUGUGAAGCAGGCAAAUGCCAAUGCUUCAGUGGCUGGGAAGGAGAUCGGUGCCAGUGCCCUUCAGCAUCAGUCCAGCACUGUGUCAAUUCACAGGGCCAGGUGUGCAGCGGAAGAGGCACAUGUGUGUGUGGAAGGUGUAAGUGCACCGAUCCCAGGAGCAUCGGCCGCUUCUGUGAACACUGCCCCACCUGUCAUGAGGCCUGCAAGGAAAACUGGAAUUGUGUGCAAUGCCCUCACCCUCACAAUUUGUCUCAGGCUAUACUUGAUCAGUGCAAAACCUCAUGUGCUCCCAUGGAACAACAACAGCAUUUUGUUGACCAAACAUCAGAAUGUUUCUCCAGCCCAAGCUACUUGAGAAUAUUUUUCAUCAUUUUUAUAGUUACAUUUCUGAUUGGGUUGCUUAAAGUCCUUAUCAUUAGACAAGUGAUACUACAAUGGAAUAAUAAUAGAACGAAGUCCUCGUCAGAUUACAGAGUGUCAGCCCCAAAAAAGGAUAAGUUGAUUCUGCAAGGUGUCUGCACAAGAGCAGUAACCUACCGACGUGAGAAGCCUGAAGAAAUCAAAAUGGAUAUUAGCAAAUUAAAUGCUCAUGAAACUUUCAGGUGCAACUUCUAAAAAACGAUUUUUAAAUGCCUAAUGGGAAACUGGAAUUUUUAAUAAUUGCUCCUAAAGAUUAUAAUUCUAAAAGUCACAGGAGGAGACAGAUUGCUCACGGUCAUGCCAGUUGCUGGUUGUACACUCGAACAAAGUCUGACAAGCAUCCUCAUCAUCGUGUGACUCACAUAGCUGCUGAGUUUUUCAGAGAAAAAUGUGUCUUACUACUGUUGGAGACUAGUGUCAUUGUAGCACUUUACUGUAACAUAUAACUUAUUUAGAUCAGCAUAGAAUGUAGAUCAUCUGAAGAGCACUGAUUACACUUUACAGGUACCUGCUGUCCCUAUACUUCCCAGAGAGACCUGCUGUGAGAGGGUUUAGUAUUGUGUCACUACAAAGGUACAGUAAUCCCUGCACUGCACACGUGAGGGAAAAAUAAUCUGGCAAGUAUAUUCUAAGGUUGCCAAACACUUCAACAGUUGGUGGUUGAAUAGACAAGAACAGCUAGAUGAAUAAAUAAUUCGUGUUUCACUCUUUCAAAUGGUGAAGAGAUAAAACCUUAAUCUUAAGAGAUUACUGCUUUUUAAAGUGUGUAGUUUUAUACAUGUGUGUUUAUGGUUUGCUUCUUUUUACAAGAUAGAUACUAAUUCCAGCAUUCUCUCUUCUUUGCUUUGAUGUUUUGUUUUUCUUCCUUACAGGAUAAGUUUAUAUAUGUCACAGAUGACUGGAUUAAUUAAGUGCUAAAUUACUACUGCCAUAAAAACCUAAUAAUACAAUGUCACUUUAUUAAAAUACUGGUUUUAAAAGCUGAAUGUUAAUAGGGAGCACAUUAAGUUAUCAUCAAAACCUGAAUAGCUUCAUUGCACACAGGUGUGGAGUUUUGUAUCCUCUUACCUGGUAAACUGAAGGGAUUGGCCAUUGCAUUUGUCUGAUCAUUAAUUCACAAGAUAUUUAGAAACUCUGCCUCAAGCAAAGUACCACAUUUUGAAUGUUUUCUUAGAUUUUGACUCAAAUAGAUAUCACCAUUUUCAAAUGAAAAGCUAUGUUAUCUUUUCCCUUCAAUGCAGCCUAAGGAUGUUCUUUCCCUGGAUCACUCCAACCCUUCUUGCCAGAAUUUAUAUUAAAAAAAAACAAAAACAAAAUUGAAAGAGAAUAGAUGAUAUCUUAGAAAUAAGCUAUUUUUUCUUUUUUCUUUUUUGAGACAGAGUUUCACUUUUGUCACCCAGGCUGGAGUGCAAUGGCUCCAUCUGAGCUCACUGCUACCUCCGCCUCCCAGGUUCAAGCUAUUCUCCUGCGUCAGUCUCCUGAGUAGCUGGGAUUAUAGGCACCCGCUGGCAUGCCCAGUGAAUUUUUGUAUUUUUAGUAGAGACAUGGUUUUGCCAUGCUGGCCAGCUGAUUUUAAACUCCUGACAUCAGGUGAUCCACCUGCCUCGGCCUCCCAAAGUGCUGGGAUUAGAGACGUGAGCCACCAUACCCGGCCACUAAUUCUCCCUUUUUAGUGAGUUAGGGAACUGAGCCUCAGAAAACUUAAAUGAUUUCUAAAAAGACACUCAACUGAUAAAGUGGCCACAUUAGAGAGGAGUUUCUGUCUUCUCAUUGCCAGGCCAGUGUUCAUUGCACAAUAUCAUGCUACCUCUUGAAUCUUUAAAAUACUCAUUUGGCAAAUGUUUUUCAAUGUGAUUUACUUGAGUCUUAAGUGUUUGAGAAGAGUUCAAAGCAAAAGAGAAAGAAUAAUUCAGCUUGCAGUCUUUCAUGCUAAUCAGCUUCUGAAGAGACUGAAGCAUGGCAUAUGUACAGGCGAAUUCCCUCGCACCAAAGCCUGCAUGAACAGUGUUCCCUGGAGUUUUCCAGUGCUCAGCUUGAGACCUUGACACAUGGGCUAUGAGCCCUGUCUUCCCCAAUGGAAAUUUUUUUAGACUUACCUUAUCCCUAUGGACUUAGUCUGAUUUUAUUGGCUAGCAGUCUAACAGUCCUGUGUGGAGUACACAGUUUUGCCCAUGACAACAAAGGACUCUAUUUGAAAUACCUUUUUAUAAUUAACUUCUAUGAUUUGCUGUCUUCCAGCACUUUAAAGUACCAGAUAUUUGCAUUUUGAUGAAGACUAACCCCAUCCUAUAUUCUACUCUAAAGAGAACUGAAAAACCUAUAAUAAGUUGUUCAGCAGCUCCACUGGAUGUCCUCUACAGCCAAGCAAUUAUAAUGCUAAUUUGAACUGUAUUCCUUCCUCAAAUGGGAGGCUGACAUAAUUCAGUGCCAUGAGUCACUUGCAUAAGAAACCUUUGAUCACUAAAAAUCAUGUAAAAAUUGCAUGUAGUAGCCUAAUACACAUAACAUUCUUUUUAAAAAGGAAAAUGGAUGGAUGCCUGACAACUCUCUGAAAAAGUGUAAGAGAGUCAUUAAUUAAAAUGAUGACAGUGUUUGAAAGGAACAUGAUGAUGUGUGUGAACAAUAAACAAAUUUCUGUAUGUAAUGAAUUAUCCAAAAGUUUUACAAAAUGAAAUCCUUAAGAAGCAAGGGUUUAUAUGUUUUACGCCCUAACUAGUUUGUACUAACUUUAUAAUGUACCAAGGCUGUAACCAUAGGAAAGGACAAACUUCCUUGUAGGCAACUCAGUGUUAGAUGAUCGUGGUUAUGCUUGCGAAGUCUUGUGCUUACUUUAAAAAAAAAAAAAAAAAAAAAAAAAAAAAAACUUAAAAAGCUAAUUUUUAAAGAUUGUAGGGCUUAUAUUUUACUUGAAUGAUUGAUAUUUUCCUGUUUAAUGCUUUGUGGGAUGAGAAUAGUUGACUAGUUAGAAUUAAUUAAAUGCUAAGGGAACACAGGGUAUUCUUAAAUUAAAUAAUUUAUGUAAAUAGACUCUGUUUUCAACUAAUAUGGCCACAGGAGCCUUUUGAGAUUCAUUGAUAUUAAACGCAAUUAAUGAAAUUUUACAUUGUUAACAGAAUUGAGAACUUGAACAACACUUUUAGUACAGCAGCAUUUUUGUGCCCUAAAGUAAUGAUUUAUAAAUGUGCCAUACAUACACUACAACAUAACUUUUGCUUUAUAAUGCUUUUUAUUUCUCUGGGGACACCAUUGAACUGCAGUGCACAUGUAUUUAUAAACAUUUGUUAUAUUUUUGGAAACUUGGUAAUAUUUAUUAACUCAUAGACUUUUCUGGAAGACUUAAAAUUUUCACUAAAAUCUGAUUAUGUUUUAAAUGUUCAGUUUAGCUUUGGUUUAUAAAAAUAACAAAAAAAAAUCUAAAGUUAAACAUAAUAGAUAUAUUUCUGGAGGCAAUUUUUCAAAACUCAAAAUUAAAAUUUGUGGAUUCAUGAUAUGUAAUACUUUAAAUAAAUCUGAAAUAUAUUUUUAAUAUUUACUUAAUAUCCAUUGAAGAUAUCCUUCCUUAUGUAAGACAACAGGCAGCCAUCAGACACUGAAAUAUGCUAUGAUAGACUAUGAAGAAUUUUCUCUGUAGAAUUAUAUUCCUCCUGGAACCUGGUAAAGUAGAUUAGACUCAAAGGCUUUUUCUGCCUUUUCUGACUCCUGCUUUUUCCACUCACUCUUCCCAAGAUAUUUUCUAAAGCUUCAAGCUUAGUAAGCCUAGUAGUGAAAAAUAACUGAAUUUAAUAAAGUUCUUCAUUUCCAGACAUCUUUAAUUGAUCUUAAAGCUCAUUUGAAUCUAUGCCCCUGAACAAAGACAGACCUAUUAAAAUCUAAGAAUUCUGAAUUUUCACAACUGUUUGAGCUUCUUUUCAUUUUGAAGGAUUUGGAAUACAUAUAGUUUGGUAAAAGUAUCAAGUGAAAUAGAGUUACAUGGGAGCUCAAUCAUGUGCAUAUUGUAUUCUGUUUUGUUGACUCUCAAUAAUUAAAUUACAACUACUCAUUUAUAUUGACCUUAAGAAUUCCAUUUUAUGCAAUGCAGACCACUGAAAUAUAUUUUCAAACAAGUAUAAAGCUAAUGUUCUUUCAGAUAAUUUUCCUUCCCUAAUUCUUCUAUAGCAAAUUUUUUAUGUAUAACUGAUUAUACAUAUCCAUAUUUAUAUCUCAAAAGACAUCACUUUUUUAAAUUAAAAUCUCUGCAAUUAUGACAUCUUGCCAUUGUUGGCACUUCAGAUGCAGUGUUUUAAAUUAUGCUUGAAUAAAUAUUACACUAAUUCAACUUUAAUGUUCACGAGUCUAGGGGAACUUUUUCUUAUAAAUAUUUGAGAGCCCAUUUAUGAUAACAUGUGAAGCCAAAAUUUCAGGACAACUGAGUCACAUACCACUCAACAUGGAGCCUAACUGCUUAUCAGCUCGGCUCCUGCAUAUCCUUGAGUUUACAAAAGUUCUUUCAGGCCCCCACUUACACUUUAUGUGAGUGCAAAUAAUUUCAGCAAACCCUAACUUAACCAACAAGAGUGGAUGGGUUUGUUUCAUUAACAGAUUUUUAUUCUUUUAAUUCUGUGAGAUCCUUUCAUAUUAUCAUCUCAUUUUUAAACAAAAUUAACUGGAAAGAUAUUACAUGGAACUAUGAUAAUUAGAUUUUGGAGCAUCUUGUAUGCCUUGUAUCAAUGGCAGAAGAAAAAUAAGAUAAAACCAAUCAGUGCUGUGAAAACCAACUUUCUUCUAGAGUCCUCUUACUUUUUAUUCUUCUUUAUCAUUUGUUUUUUUUUCCUCCUUGGCUCUGAUCACUUUAACUUCAAGCUUAUGUAACGACUGUUAUAAAACUGCAUAUUUAAAUUAUUUGAACUACAUGAAAUAAUUGUUCAGCUAUCUGGGCAGCUAUUAAUAUGAGCCUGAGAGUAAGAACACUACUCUUUUAUCUACCUGUAAUACCUUCUGCAUAAAACUUAUCUUUGUAAGCUAACUCUAUUCAUCAGGUUUCUUCUAACCUCUACAACCUACUUCAAUUAAAAUUGUCUAAUAAGUAAUUUUUUUAAAAGAACUCCAAUUGUCAAGGAUGGAAAAUGUGUGAUUUGUGUAAAGAAUUUUUAUGAACUUUACACUUUCCUGCAGAUAAAUGUGAAAUUUUGAUAAGAACCCUACACAAUGACAAGUAUGGUACAUAAAUUUUAUUAAGAAUAUUGAGUAUAAAAUACUUUAAUUCUAAAUUAUAAGAAAAUAAAAAUUUGCUCAUAUUAAUAUAGAAAUUCAUUUUGUGCACAUUAACAUAGCUUUUAAACUAUCUUACAUUAGCUACUUCAUUAUGGUUUUUUGAACUUCUGAAAAAAAUUAGAAUUGUUUUAAGGUUAUCAGUAACAUAAAAACUUAUUUUGUUUCACCUAACAAGUGCUGCAUUUGUAAAAGGAAAUUCAAUACAGAAUAUAUUUAAAUUAAAAUAUUUAAAUAUAAAAUAGCACUAAGAAAUAAGCAAAUUAUCACUGAAUGUAUUUCUUAUUAUUUCUGGCUUUGAAUUAUACCUAACUUAAAUUGUCUAAAUGAUACAGAAUAUUGGAGAUUAUGAUACUUUUACAUAAUAUAUUAUAAACCCGAUCAUAUAACUCUGAUUGACCACUAAUCUCUGUUUUUUGUAUUUAUUAAAUAGCUGACACUGUAGUUUGUUGUGAGAUGUUUAUUUUUCUAACAGAGCUUAUAACAGGACAAGGCAUUUGAUUAAUGCACCAUUCUGUUUAAAAGUAGGUGUUAAUAUGAAAUUGUUUUAAAAUAAAAAUAUAAAACACAAAA